AUGCCAGAAAAAAUAUUGGAAAGCGAUGUUUGUUUUACUCAGCAUUUGUUAUCAUCAGUUGUCACUUUGGGACAGUGGCUUUUUCUUUUACCGGUGUACGGGUACGGAGGCCAACAUUAUACUAGUAUCCAAGUGAAAUGGUGGUCUUUAAAAAUGAUUGUUUCUAUAUUAUUUGCUAUUUAUAAUGGACUUAUUUGUAUAGCAUAUACGUAUAAAGUUAUUUAUAAUGAGAAAAAAAUUCUUGCGCUGUUUGCUCUAAUUUACCAUUUGUCUGUUGGGUUGACAAUUGUGUGUUUCAUAGACGUGGCAACGAAGUGGCGAAAUCUUAUGAAAGAAUGGAGUAUUAUUGAUUUCAAAAUGAGCCAUUUUGAAAAAAAUCUGAAAAUAAAACGUAGGAUUACAAUGGUCAUCGUAGUGUUUAUGGCCCUGGGUAUUGGAGAACAUAUUUUUUUUAUGUUAUCUGUAAGUUACAUCCAGAAAAUGUUCACCGAUAACUUCUGGACCCAACUUGAUGCGUACUUCAUAAAUUUCUACAGUGCUAUAUUCAAAAUAAUUCCUUACAAUAGAUUUAUUGGAAUAUUAAUUCAGAUCAUGAAUUGGCAGCUUACACUGGUUUGGAAUUAUGCAGAUAUUUAUUUAAUUGCGAUGUGCAUACCCUUGAAUUUUAGAAUGAAGCAGAUUGAACACAAGUUGAGUUUAAUGAUUAAAUAUAAGAUACAGGAUCCAUUACACUGGAAACAACUUAGAGAAACUUUUAUUCUCAUCUCGAAUAUUUGCGUUCGAAUAGAAAAAUGCACCGGACACAUCCUGGUACUUACUAUGGGCUUAAAACUUAUGGUUAUUUUGUUCCAAAUAUUAGGAGCUAUAAAUGGUGUAAAUGAGAAUCUGAAUGACAGAAAACUGGAAGAUCGAUUAUACUUUAUCUUUUCAGUGGGAGUAAUGAUAUUCAAGCAAGUUGUCCUUACUAUUUAUUUCUCUUCAGUAGAUUUAACUUGCCAAAAUAUUGUUGGGUAUCUUUUUAAUGUACCUAGCCACAUCUACAACAUAGAAGUUGAGAGAUUUAUAGUGUGCAUUAAACAAAGUUCACCGGUAUUAUCAGGUCUUAAGUUGUAUACAGUGAGACGAUCUCUUAUUUUAAAGAUGGCAUCAGUUGUUGUCGUGUACGAGUUGGUGCUUGUUACAUUUACCAAAAAUUAAAUAAAUGUGUUACUAUCAAAAUGAUAUUUAAUUUACAUAUUUUUUAGUUCAAGUAUGUUAAUACCAGUUUUAGGAAUAAAUGAAUUGUGGUAUAUCGAAACAUUUUUAUAUAUCUAAAUUCACGGAGAGCAUUGCAAAAUAAUAACAAUUAUCUGUGUGGUAAUAUUACUGUAAGGUCAAGCUUGGUUGACUCCAGAAUGUUAUGGAUUCGAUAUUAAUGAUUAUAAAGGGGUAAGAAAGGAUAGAGCUGAAAAAAGUGGUGGUGUAGCAUUGUACAUUAAAAAUCAAAUCAAUUUGAAGUCAUAACUUUAGAGAAUUUUGUACCUUUUAUGAAAAUGUAAUUUACAUAUUGACCUUCUUAAAACUCAAUCAAAUAAUUAGUGAACCUACAAGAUUUAAUAUACUAAACAAAGUUGGUUCCCUAUUAUUGCCUAACUCGGUAACCGAUAAUUCCUAUAACCGAGACUAUUCCUCCAUAAACAACAUUCUAUUCCAACAGGAUGCUUUAAAUAUUAAUUGAGACAGGACUUAAAUAAAUAAUAUAUAAUAUUUCAAAAAAAGUUAGAAAAUGACAAAUUAGCUGUAUGAGGUUUGCUUAUAAGGUAUAUAAUGAGGCUUGUAAUAUACCGUAUUAUAAGCAAACCUCAUACAGCUAAUUUGUCAGGGUACAUAUAACCCCAUUUUUAAAUAAACAUCGAAUUGUAAACAUAAAUAAUCGAAGAGAAUGUCAUAUGUACAAUUUUAUUUUUAAAAUUAUUAGCUCUGAACAGCCGCUAUACUUAAAAUUUAUUUUGAAGAUCCAACCAUCAUCAUCAUAAUACAAGAAUUAUACAAACUAAUUUUUUAAUGCCUCGGCAUCGCACCCGUCAAAUGCAUAAAUCAUUUGGUGUUGUAGCAAUACAGAUGUGCAACAAUCUGCCAAAUUACGCUAAGACAUUUAGUUUCUACAAAUUCUCAAAAUUUAUCAAAAAUGUUUUUUUAUCUCAACAGUGCUUGUCAUAAUAGUUUUUUUAAUAUUAGAAUAUUUAUGACUUAAGAUAUAAAUUUACUUUUAUUAUACAUAUUAUCUUUCUUGUAUUUAUCUUUCGCUACCCAUGCAUCUUCAGGAGCGGAUUUAGGAUAAUUAAAGGACUAAAUAAUAAUAAAUGGUGGUAUCUCUAAGGAACUUAAUAUAAAUGUGGGUGUACCGCAAGGAUCAGUACUUGGUCCUUUACUUUUUCUCAUUUAUGUGAACGAUCUGCCACAACUGCAAGUAACUGGCAAAUUUACAAUACAAUUGUUUGCCGAUGAUACUACCAUCCUCUGGCAAGACUCGCCCGCCGAAGAUGUCGCCCGCUUUUUUUUGCUUAGUUUUUAGAAAAUAUAAACAAGAACUCCACUUAGGAAGCCACUAUAAUACACGACAAAAUUAUUUGUUGAGGCUACCCAUUCCUCAUUUUGAACUUGUCCGUAGCUCUAUCAUAUAUGGAGGUCGAAAGCUGUUUCAUAAACUUCCACUAGAAAUAAGACAACUUAAGACCGAAAAAAGCCUACGUACAAGGACGAAAAUAUUUCUUGCUAGUAAAGCGUACUAUAGUUUAGGUGAUUUUUUUAAUGAUUAGCAUUUAAGUUUUUCAAAGUUGUAUAUAAUUUUAU